GCACGCUCGCUCAUACUUUCCCAUCAUGCAGUGCUCUUGCCUGCUCCUAUCGAGCCGCCAUGUUGUCGGAGUGAAUGCCUGGGAGUCAGAAAGAAACUGGGGCUGAAAUCCGUGACCAUCCACCCCCUCCGCCUGCUGUGGUGGAAUGAGCAGUGUGUGUGUGUUGAAGAGGAAAGCAGUGCUCUGGCAGGAUUCGUUCAGCCCCCACAUAAGAACUACAACUCCCAGCAUGCCUGUGGUGCUGAGCAGUGGAGGGCACGCCCCUCCAACAGGGCAAGUCCCUCAGGCCCCCCCUCCAAGCCAGCAGGGUGUGGCGGGUUCCGGGCGCUCCCAGGACGACGCCAUGGUCGACUACUUCUUCCAGCGGCAGCAUGGAGAACAGCCCGGGAAGCACCGCUGGCCCACCGGAGACAACAUCCACGACAGCCAGGUGCGGUCGAUGGACGAACUGAAUCAUGACUGCCAGGCUCUGGCUCUAGAGGGACGCACUAUGGGAGAGCAGCUGCUGACGGGGAAGAAGUUCUGGGAGGCGGACGACUCUGGGAAGGACGGGCCCAAAGGGAUCUUCCUGGACCAGUGGCGGGACAGCGCGUGGGGGGCCUCAGAUCACUCCAUGUCCCAGCCAAUCAUGGUGACCCGCCGGCCCGGCCAGGGUUUCCAUGGCGGCGGGGAGGUGGGGGUGGGCUCUGUGAUGUCCCCGCGCUCGGAGAGUGGAGGCCUGGGCGUCAGCAUGGUGGAGUACGUCCUCUCCUCCUCACCCGCUGACAAGCUGGAGUCCUGCCUCCGCAAAGGAGCCUAUAGGGAUGGAGAGGUGGAGGAGGAGAAGAGGGAGAAGCCCAAGGCGGUGUUCGAGGCUGAGAAACUGAAAGAGUUGACGGAGGCCGAAGUGGACGUCAUCCACGAUGUCAUCAACCCCAACGGCAUGCCCGUGCAGAACGGCCUGGACGUGGACGUGAAGGAGUUCGGCCGGCCCCAAGGCAACAUGCCUCCCCCAGGCCCAGAGGGGGACCUCCUGGGCCCUGGAGGCGUGGGGCCAGAGGGCCUGGCCCCCAUGGGGGGCGGGGGCCCCAAGCCUCCCGAGGACUUCUCCGGCGUGGAGCAGGGCGGCGUCGGCAUGGACCCCAUGGAGUCCGUUAUGGAGCCGCUGCAGUUUGACUACAACUCCCAGAUGCCCAUGGACUCGGCCCCCACCGUGGGCCUGUUUGACUACGCCAACCAGCAGCAGGUAACGCUACUGUUUCAGAGGAACAACGCCCUGGCUGUACAGCAGCUCACUGCCGCCCAGCAGCAGCAGUACGCCCUGGCGGCCGCGCAGCAGUCCCAUAUCGGUCUGGCCCCGGCGUUCGUACCCAACCCUUACAUCAUCAGUGCCGGCCCCCCGGGCUCCGACCCCUACGCCGCGGGCCUGGCCGCUGCAGCGACACUGGGCCCCGCCGUGAUGCCUCCCCAGUACUACGGCGUGACCCCCUGGGGGGUCUACCCCGCCAGCCUGUUCCAACAGCAGGCCGCCGCCGCCGCCGCUGCCGCCGCCAACAACUCGGCCAAUCAGCAAGCGGCAAACCAGAGCCAGCAGAACCAACAGCAGGUCAUGCGGGGUGGCGGUAACCAGCGACCUUUGACCCCCGGUCAGGGACAGCAAGGCCAACAGAAUGACCAGAUGGUUGCCGCGGCAGCGGUCAACUCGGCCCUUGCCUUCGGUCAGGGUCUGGCAGCCGGCGUCCCUGGCUACCCGGUCCUGGCCCCGGCGGCCUACUACGACCAGACGGGGGCCCUGGUGGUCAACACUGGAGGGCGGAACGGCCCCGUGCGCCUCAUGGCCCCCGCCUCGGUCAUCAUAUCUCCCUCCGCCGCACAAGCAGUCGCAGCGGCCGCCGCCUCGGCCAACGGGGGCGGGGGUGGCCUCGGGGGCGGGGCCAACGGGCCCUUCCGCGGCAUGCAGUCCCAGCAGCAGCAGCAGCAGGGGGGCCCCGGCGGCGCGCUGGGCGGCAGCUCCUUCUACGGCUCCUCCUCCCUCAGCUCCUCCUCCCAGAGCUCCUCCCUCUUCUCUCAGGGCUCCGGGCAGCCGGGCCCCGGCUCCGCCUCCCUGGGCUUCAACCAGCCCACCUCCUCCUCUCUGGGGGCCACACUGGGGGCCACACUGGGCGGCUUUGGGACCGCAGGUAGGGACUACCUGGCGAACUCGAGCGGUGGCGGUGGCUCCAGGCGGGACUCCCUGACGGGCAGCAGUGACCUGUACAAGCGCACGCCCUCCAGCCUCACCCCUAUUGGCCACGGAGGGUUCUACAACGGAACCCUGGGCUUCAGCUCCUCGCCCGGCCCAGUCGGCAUGCCCCUCCCCAACCAGGGCCCCUCCCACUCCCUCACACCCCCGCCCUCCCUGUCCAAUCACAGCUCCUCAUCCAACCUGAACCUCGGAGGUCUGACCAAUGGCAGCGGGCGGUUCAUCUCCGCCGCACCGGGCGCCGAGGCCAAGUACCGCAGUGCCGCCAGCUCCGGCUCCUCCCUCUUCUCCCCCAGCAGUCAGCUGUUCCCGUCGUCACGGCUACGCUACGGCAUGUCGGACGUGAUGCCGUCGGGCCGCAGCCGCCUGCUGGAGGACUUCAGGAACAACCGCUACCCCAACCUGCAGCUGAGGGACAUCGCCGGGCACAUCAUGGAGUUCAGCCAGGACCAGCACGGCAGCAGGUUCAUCCAGUUGAAGCUGGAGCGAGCCAGCUCCGCCGAGCGCCAGCUGGUCUUCAGCGAGAUCCUGCAGGCCGCCUACCAGCUCAUGGUGGAUGUGUUCGGGAACUACGUCAUCCAGAAGUUCUUUGAGUUUGGCAGCCUGGACCAGAAGCUGGCCCUGGCGGAGAGGAUCCGCGGCCACGUGCUGUCCCUGGCCCUGCAGAUGUACGGCUGCCGGGUCAUCCAGAAGGCUCUGGAGUUCAUCCCCUCGGAGCAGCAGGUCAUCAGCGAGAUGGUGCGGGAGCUGGACGGCCACGUGCUCAAGUGUGUGAAGGACCAGAACGGGAACCACGUGGUGCAGAAGUGCAUCGAGUGUGUGCAGCCGCACGCCCUGCACUUCAUCAUCGACGCCUUCAAGGCCCAGGUGUUUGCCCUCUCCACCCAUCCGUACGGGUGCCGUGUGAUUCAGCGCAUUCUAGAACACUGCCUUCCGGAACAGACUCUGCCCAUUCUGGAGGAGCUCCAUCAGCACACAGAGCAGCUGGUGCAGGACCAGUAUGGUAACUACGUGAUCCAACACGUGCUGGAGCACGGCCGGGCCGAGGACAAGAGCAAGAUUGUAGCAGAGAUCAGAGGCAACGUGCUGGGCCUCAGCCAGCACAAAUUUGCGAGCAACGUGGUGGAGAAGUGUGUGACCCACGCGUCGCGGGCGGAGCGGGCGGUGCUGAUCGACGAGGUGUGCAUCCUGACGGAGGGUCCCCACAGUGCCUUAUACACCAUGAUGAAGGACCAGUACGCCAACUACGUGGUGCAGAAGAUGAUCGACGUGGCCGAGCCCACCCAGCGCAAGAUUGUCAUGCACAAGAUCCGCCCCCACAUCUCCACCCUGCGGAAGUACACGUACGGCAAACACAUCCUGGCCAAGCUGGAGAAGUACUACAUGAAGAACGGGGUGGACCUGGGACCCCUGUGUGGGCCCCCCAACGGCAUCAUGUAAACUCUGACCCCCCCACCCGACCCUCCAUCCUGCUCCUUAAGUCCUUGAUGCUAUGUAAAUCCCCCUCCCCCUCCCUCCCUCCCCCCGUUAUUUCUCCCCUCUGCUCCUCAUUCCCCCUCAGCCCUCCACCCCCCCCCUUCACUUCAGACAGCCUUAGAGUGAUGACCCACGGGGUCCUCGGUGACCCCCGCCACCCCCAGGUCAUUAGGAUUGAGCUUCAGGGGGUGGGGCGGGUAAGUCUGCACCCCCCCCCCCCGACCCCACGCCACCCGCCCCUCUUUUCGGUUGUUUCCUGUGUUUGUGGUUAUGUAUAAACUAGAACAUCACUUCACCUUUUUGCUACUGCUGUAAACAUGGUCACACACACGAAGCCUCCCUCUCUCCGUCUCCUCACCUCACUCAGUUACCCCAGCUAGAGACCACUAUGAGAUGGAUGAGUAUUUAAUUUGUCACAGUCCUAGAUCACACACACACACACACACACACACACACACACACACACACACACACACACACACACACACACACACACACACACACACACACACACACACACACACACACACACACACACACACACACACACCCCCCGUGGGCUAACCAGCAGAGAGCUCAUUUAGCAUGGGAGAUUUGUUUUCUGGUCUUGCUUCUAUAAAUAUAACGUGUAUACUUGGUGUAGACCUUUGCAUAUAUAUAUAAAUAUAUAUAUAAAACUUUGUAGUUUUUCUGGUUUUUGAUGUUGAAUCUGUAUCUAUAAUGUAUCUUAGUAGUGACCACAUACUUCUGACUGUAUAAUUGUACAUUUGUAAACCCUUGUAAUGUAAAAGUGCUUUACCACCCCUUUUUGGUAUCAGAAGAAAAAUAAUUAAAAACGAAUCACUCUGAAGAAAAAAAAAUUAGUUAAAAAAAAACAGCCCUGUGCAUUUCAGUGUAUAUUCUCACCUCCUUGGUUGUGAUAUAUAAGUUGUUGUAUAUUGUAAAUUGUAAUAUCAAAUUUUUUUGUUUUGAAAAGCCCUUUCUAUACAGCAUAGUACGUGUACAAAGAUUCGCCACGCUUGGUUUUAUCCUCUAUCUUGUCCCUGCUUAAAUUAAGAAACGUCGAUCUCCCGAUCAAAGGUCCCCGAUAACAUUUAGGUUCACUAUUAUUUUAUGUUUACGUUUAUAUCUAUUUUUUUUUUUGUUUUACUUUUUAUAGGAAUCUCCCCCUCCCCCCCUGGUUCUGCUGUAAAGCGCACACGUCUGUCUGGGUGUACGGGGGGCGGCUCGGAGACAUUCACUUUUCAUAAUUAACUUAAACCCGACCGCCCCCCGUCUCGCUCUGCCACAGAGGUGACCCCCCCCUAUGGAUUGUACAGUGGAGAUCCUGGCUCGUUAUGAUUUGAUUUAGAUUUCUCUGUGGGUCUUUGUUUGGCAUCUCUCUAGUGCUGUCCGUGCUGUAUCAUACUGUCCACGUGUUUAUGGAGGCUCCGCCAGGGAGCGGUGUACAUUGGGGACGCAGCCUUGUGUAUAUUUACUACGAGCACACCUGUAACCAUAUGUGUAUAGUUAACAGAACCUGUGUAUGCUUAUUGCCUGGGCAACUAUUUUUUGUAACAACUGUUGUAGAUUGUCUCUAAACAAUUGUGUGAUCUUUAUUUUGAAACAAAACAACAAAAAAAACUUUCAAAAUUU